CCCCUCUCUCCAACCUAUCUGAAUUCCCUGGCUGGAGUACGCCUGCGCCUGGUCAGCUCCAGGGCGAGCGCGAGCUUGGGCUCGUACCCCGCUCCCCUAACCCCGCCCGCUCUUUACCUACUGGCCGUAGCUUUGGCCCGGUGGGCUCCCGGGGAGACGCUCCCGCGCGCACGCGCACACGACGCGAAGCAGAGCUCGAGACAUCGAGGAGGGGAGUAAGAAGCAUCGGAGGAAGCGAUAGAGGAGGAGGCGGUGUGUGUGUUGCUAUGGAAAUCUAUGACCACAUAAAAGGAAGUCCAUUUUGAUCAUUCUGAUACCUGAGAUGUAACUUGAUUGAAGAGUGGAACAGAUUUUACAGCCAACCUUAAUUACAAUGGCUACUGAUUCAGGGGAGCCAGCUAGCACCGAAGAUUCUGAGAAACCUGAUGGAGUUUCAUUUGAAAACAGAGUUCCUCAGGUUGCUGCAACUUUGUCCGUAGAAACUAGAGUGAAGGAAAAAACCAGCACCUUCUCUACUUCUGGGGAAACUAUAGAAAGGAAGAGAUUUUUCCGAAAGAGUGUUGAGAUGAUGGAAGAUGACAAAGUUGCCGAAUCUUCUUCCAAAACAGAGAGAAUAAAGGCUGCAACAAACAUUCCAAGAGUAGAUAAACUUCCUACAAACGUGCUAAGGGGUGGACAAGAAGUUAAAUACCAACAGUGUUCAAAGGCAACUUCGGAAUCCUCAAAAGACUGUUUCAAAGAGAAAAAUGAAAAGGAAAUGGAAGAAGAAGCAGAAAUGAAGGCUGUAGCUACUUCUCCUAGUGGCAGGUUCCUGAAAUUUGAUAUAGAACUGGGACGCGGAGCAUUUAAAACAGUAUAUAAAGGACUGGACACUGAAACAUGGGUUGAAGUUGCUUGGUGCGAGCUGCAGGACCGGAAGUUAACCAAAGCUGAGCAGCAGCGGUUCAAGGAAGAAGCAGAGAUGUUGAAAGGUCUCCAGCAUCCCAAUAUAGUUCGAUUUUAUGAUUCCUGGGAGUCUACAUUAAAAGGAAAGAAGUGUAUUGUAUUAGUGACUGAACUAAUGACUUCAGGAACCUUAAAGACGUACUUAAAACGAUUUAAAGUAAUGAAACCAAAGGUUUUAAGGAGCUGGUGCAGGCAAAUUUUAAAGGGAUUGCAGUUCUUACAUACUAGGACUCCUCCUAUUAUUCACCGGGAUCUGAAGUGUGACAAUAUUUUCAUCACAGGACCCACUGGAUCUGUGAAGAUUGGUGAUCUAGGACUAGCCACCUUAAUGCGCACAUCAUUUGCUAAGAGUGUCAUUGGGACGCCUGAGUUUAUGGCUCCAGAGAUGUAUGAAGAACACUAUGAUGAAUCCGUGGAUGUCUAUGCUUUUGGAAUGUGUAUGCUAGAAAUGGCUACUUCAGAGUACCCUUAUUCUGAGUGCCAGAAUGCAGCUCAGAUUUACCGUAAAGUGACUAGUGGCAUAAAACCAGCCAGCUUUAAUAAAGUCACUGAUCCUGAAGUAAAAGAAAUCAUUGAAGGAUGUAUUCGUCAAAACAAAUCUGAAAGGUUGUCUAUCAGGGACCUACUAAACCACGCAUUUUUUGCUGAGGAUACAGGACUGAGGGUGGAGUUAGCAGAGGAAGAUGAUUGUUCAAAUUCAUCCCUGGCUUUAAGACUCUGGGUUGAAGACCCCAAAAAAUUGAAAGGCAAACACAAAGACAAUGAAGCUAUUGAAUUUAGUUUCAAUUUAGAAACAGAUACACCAGAGGAAGUAGCAUACGAAAUGGUCAAGUCUGGAUUUUUCCAUGAAAGUGAUUCCAAAGCUGUUGCUAAAUCCAUUAGAGACCGGGUGACCCUGAUAAAGAAAACGAGGGAGAAGAAACCUGCUGGAUGUUUGGAAGAGCGAAGGGAUUCCCAGUGCAAGUCUAAAGGGAAUGUGUUCCCUCAGCACAAGACUACAACUUUGCCCCCUGUUCCGUCUCAGAACACUGGGGCUGAAUGGGAAGAAACUGAAGUUGAUCAGCAUGUUCGACAACAGCUUCUACAAAGAAAGCCACAGCAACAUUGCUCCUCUGUUACAGGUGACAAUUUGUCUGAGGCAGGAGCAGGAUCAGUUACACGUUCAGAUACACCGGGUCAGCCCAGUAUAGCCUAUUCCCCAAACCAGAAGAUGGCGUCUCAAAUGGGUUCUAACAUCCCACAAGCUGAAAUAAAUGUUCCAAGUCAAAUUUAUCCAUCUCAACAACUAGCAGGACAUUACCAGCACAUUUCAGGGUUGCAGAAGCAGCCAAAGCUGACUCAAUCCCCAAAUUUGCCUUUGGUUCAGGGUCAGUCCACUGUUUUGCCUGUACAUGCCCUUGGACCUACAGUUGUUUCACAGCCUCAAGUUUCCCCAUUAACUGUCCAGAAGGUCUCACAGGUAAAGGCUAUAGCCCAACCAGUUGGAGUUGAACAACAAGCAACUCCUCAACAACCAGAUUUAGUUAGAAGCAUGAAUCAAGAUAUGGCAUCUAUGAAGGAAAACGCCAAUAACCUUGAUAACCCAAGUGGAAAUGGAAAACAGGAUCGGAUCAAACAGCGAAGAGCUUCCUGUCCCCGGUCAGAGAAGGGGACUAAAUUUCAGCUUACUGUCCUUCAGGUGUCAACUUCUGGAGACAAUAUGGUGGAAUGUCAGCUGGAAACACACAACAAUAAGAUGGUCACCUUCAAGUUUGAUGUUGAUGGUGAUGCACCAGAGGAUAUUGCAGACUAUAUGGUUGAAGAUAAUUUUGUGUUGGAAAAUGAGAAAGAAAAAUUUGUAGAAGAAUUGAGGGUUAUUGUAGGUCAAGCCCAGGAGAUCCUUCAUGUCCACUCUGCUGCAGAAAGAACCAUUGGAACUGAUGGUAUUACCUUGGAAUCCAACAGUAACCAAACAGGAUCAUCUGAACAAGUACAGAUAAAUUCUGCAUCUACUCAAACCAGCAAUGAAUCUGCUCCUCAGUCAUCCCCAGUUGGCCGUUGGCGAUUUUGUAUCAAUCAAACCAUAAGAAACCGUGAGGCUCAGUCUCCUCCUUUUCAGCAUUCCAUGUCUGCUAUUCCUGGGCUCCAGCCAUUUCCCAGUCCAAGAAACACAAAUAAUAAGGAAAUAUCACAGGACAUAGUGCUCACUAUAGAAAAUAAUCCAUGUCAGCGUGCACUUUUCACCUCCAAAUCAGAACACAAGGAUAUAGUUGAUGGUAAGAUUCCUGAAUGUACAAGUGUAAAAACUGAGCAUCCAGCCAUACUUUAUCAAGUGAAAGAUAACAGGCAGGUAAUAGCACCAGUUACUAAUAGUUCCAGUCAUUCUGCUACUUCAGUUUGUACAGUUCCAGUUGAACAUGAGGGACUCCCCAACAAAGCAGGCAUAUUUAUACCUGUUUAUCCAUGUCAGCAUGCUGCCAGUCAGGCCCAUCCUGGUGAAUCAACUCAGAUUGCUGGGAGCUCUCUUAUAACUCCAGUAUUUGUGUCUGAUCAAAAACCUCAGUCCUUACCAGUAAAGCAAAUAAAUAUGGAUGCAGAAUUUAUUUCCCAAGAAGGAGAAACCACGGUGAACACUGAAGCAAAUUCUCCUAAGACGGUCAUUUCCACUCUGACCCCUGGCCUUGAAUCUACUUCCAUUGUGCCUGCUACUAUCAUGGAAUCAGAUGGUGAAAGACCUCCAAAAAUGGAAUUUGCAGACAACCGCAUUAAAACUCUGGAUGAAAAACUGAGAAACUUGCUGUAUCAGGAGCACAGCAUCUCUAGCAUCUAUCCUGAGAGUCAGAAGGAUACUCAAAGCAUAGAUUCUCCAUUUUCUUCCUCUGCUGAAGAUACACUCUCCUGUCCAGUGCCAGAAGUCCUAGCCAUCAGUCACUGUGGAAUUCAAGAUAGCACUGCACAGUCCCCUAAUUUCCAACAGAUGGACUCUAAGAUUCUAUCAAAUGUGGCUGUAGGUCAGCCUGGUAACAUAUCAGUGUUCAAAAGAGACCUGAAUGUGAUAACUUCUGUACCCAGCGAAGUAUGUUUACAUGAGAUGUCUCCAGAUGCUUCACUUCCAGGGGAUCCUGAGGCCUAUCCUGCUGCUGUGUCAAGCGGUGGAGCCAUUCAUCUGCAGACAGGAGGUGGAUAUUUUGGCCUAAGCUUUACUUGUCCUAGUCUCAAAAAUCCUAUUAGCAAGAAAUCCUGGACUCGCAAAUUAAAAAGCUGGGCAUACAGGCUACGGCAGUCAACCAGCUUUUUCAAGAGAUCAAAAGUCCGUCAAGUGGAAACAGAAGAUGUAAGAUCAGCAAACGCUUGUGAUCCCAUUCCUUCGACACAGGAGUCCUCAGCUGACACUAGGGCUUUGAGUAGAUGCAAGGCAAUGAGUGGAUCGUUUCAACGGGGUCGAUUCCAGGUGAUUACCAUUCCUCAGCAGCCAUCAGUGAAAGCGACAUCUUUUGAAAUAGAACACAGACCUGCACUGAGGGAAACAACAAAGCAUUCUAGUGAAGAAGCUCCAGCCUUUCCUGAAAGAGCAAAGUCUCAGGCGGUAGACAUGGAACCUGCUGUGCACAACCCACAGACUUCAUUAUCUUCUCAGAAGUUAGGAACUCUUCACAAAACCUUUAAAGAAGACAAAGGCACUCCCAAACAAGGUGACACCUUCUUAUCUUUCAGCACAGCUUGUGAGACUGAUGUAUCUUCAGUGACCCCUGAAAAGGAGUUGGAAGAAACUUCAGCCACAGGAAGUAGCAUGCAGUCUGGAUCCAGACUGCUGCUCAAAGAGAGAGAGGUACUCCCUGCUGGCAAACAGCCUAGUUCUGAUAGUGAAUUUUCAACCACACUUUCAGGCAGUGGAAUCUCCAUGGCAAAGAAUGGUCCAGAGAGUGAUCAGUACUUACCACACCAUGAAGGACAAGACUAUGAUCAAACUGAAAGUUCACUUUUCUAUUCACCAUCUUCCCCAAUGAGCAGUGAUGAUGAGUCAGAAGUAGAAGACGAAGACUUGAAAGUGGAGCUUGAAAAAUUACGAGAAAAACACAUUCAAGAAGUGGUAAAUCUUCAAACCCAGCAGAACAAGGAGCUGCAGGAGCUCUAUGAACGCCUUCGGUCAUUCAGAGAUAGCAAAACCGAGUCUUCGGAGAUUCCUUUGCCACCUGCAUCACCACGUCGACCAAGAUCUCUGAAAAGUAAACUUCGCAGCCGCCCUCAGUCCUUGACACAUGUGGAUAGUGGCGUGGUUGCCACAGAUCCACCAUGUGUGGAGAGUAAUACAGUAACAUGCCAGCAAUCUCCAGCCAGUAAAAAAGGGAUGUUCACAGAUGACUUACACAAGCUGGUGGAUGACUGGACAAAGGAAACAGUAGGAAGUUCUCUUACUAAGCCAAGUUUAAACCAACUUAAACAGAGCCAACAGAAAUUAGAGACAGAAAACUGGAACAGAGUAUAUGAAAAUACUCCAUCUACUAUGGGCUACACAUCAACAUGGAUUUCUUCUCUGUCCCAAAUCCGUGGAGCUGUCCCAACUUCCUUGCCACAAGGACUCUCACUCCCUUCAUUUGCUGGGCCAUUAUCAUCAUAUGGAAUGCCCCAUGUUUGCCAGUAUAAUGCUGUGGGGGGGACAGGGUAUCCUAUACAGUGGGUAGGAAUUUCGGGAGCCCCACAACAGUCUGUGGUAAUUCCUACUCAAUCUGGGGGACCAUUCCCACCAGGGAUGAAUUUGCAGCCAUUUACAACUUCAGCAGUGCAGAAUCCAGCUGCAAUCCCUCCUGGGCCCAAGUGAAUUAGAGUAAAUAAUGCAGAAAAGGGAGAUUUUUUUCCAGAUUAUUUUCAGGACACCUAAGAUAGUAAAAUUUCUUCCUCUUGGGUUCUGCUAUAUUUUCCUUCAUAUGAGUUUACUUUCAACUGUAUUUUUCUUUUCAUUCUAGUGUGGUAUUUGAUACAGCUCAUCUUUCUGUAGAAAUGUGCAGCUUGCACAUAGAACACUGCACACAGAAGUGUUUUUUCACUUUGAAUCCUAUCCUCUUUGAUACUUGAUUUUUAAAAAAUAACCGUUCAGAAUGCUUUCAUAAGCUCAGCUUGAGCGUCUCCAUUUCCAGGACACUGUCCGUGCAUUGCUGAGAAGCCCCUAUUUUUACUGCUGCAGUCUGCAGCUGGAUACUACUUUUCUUUAAAAAAAGUAUUCAGAUUGAUUCUCCCCAAUUGUAGAUGAAAGUGAGACUCUCCAACAGCCGGAGUCUUAGGGGAUUCUUCACAUGUUUAUCUUAGGUUUACCUUUCACAGAAGGCAGGGUAACUUGCUGCAGGAAGAUUUUUGCUGUAUAAAAUUAGAAUUAACUUUGUCAACCCACACAGAACAUGAGCCCUUUGUAAUGUGAUUUUCUUCCCCUCGUCACAGCAGCAUGAGUGAAUUUGUUUUGAGUGAGGCGGAGGGAAAGGAAAAAACAGAACUGUACCAGUUCCUUGAUACUUCAGAUACUGUAGCUGCAUUUGGAUUUUGGUAAUAAUUCAAAGCAGCUAUCUCCUUGCUUCUCAUGUGCACACUACUUUGGUUUUGAGCAUCUGAGAGGUAUUGGUUUGGCUUGCAUUCUUUUGCAAGGGAUAUUUUGCAGCUGUUACAAAUCUCAUUGGACAAAAAUUCUUGUGUUCCUAACCAAGGGGAUUGAAGUUACACCUCUUGUUGAUCCAUUCUUCUGAAGUGAAAUUUACUUGAUACUUACACAUGAAACACUGGCUUUACAGGGUUCUAAAAUGUGGGGCAUACCCUGUCCUGCAGUGAGAUAGUAGACCCUAGAAGGAUACUAUUUAAGUUGCCCUUAGCAUUUUUUUGGGUUACCAUUUCUUAGUUGUAAUUUCUUACUAGUAUCUAUAGCAGCUUAGAUAAUUUUAGAUCUUAGAUGAGUUUGGCAGCCUCUUUAGAAUCUGAGAGAGAUCACUGUCAAGUUGCACUUUACUGGGUUUUAUCCAGUUUUACAAGGAGGGGAGGCAAUUUGAAAAUGUACUCCUUUGGUUUUUAAGAAGGUUAACUAUAAUAAUCUUAAAGGCUGGUCACAGGGUUACCCAAUGCUCAGUCUGUGAAACCCAAAUAGAAUUCUUCAAUGGUAUUUAUCAACUAUCAAGUAUACAUAUACAAACUGUUUACUUUCCACUCAAGAUUUCAAGGUCAUUUCUAGUGUGUUUACCUAAUUAAGAAUUCUAUCUCCUGGUAAACAUUCCAGAUUGUCACCUAACAUUUCUGUUAACAGAUUUUUCUCAAUAUUUGUCUAAAAAUCAUACCAUCGUACCCCAUGGGCUUGCCAGGUAGAGGAAAACUUAAUGGGUAUACUUUUUUUUUUCUGCACAGUCUAUUUUAUGACAUUUCAGUACCCUUUUUCAAAAUAUGUGUAUUACAUUGCUUACCUGAGGAUAACACCUAUCAUCACAAAGAUUCUGUCACUAUCAUUUGGGGCAUCUAGGGCAGCAUUUUGAGAAUUGCUGUUGAUGACAGCCCAUUUUUUUUUAAUAGAACAUGAUCUAGUAUAAAUGAGUCUUUGCAAAACUCAUGUACAGAUUCUUCAAAUUUCUUCUAGAAUAUUGGUUUGCAAAGUUGAAGUGAUUGCAUUAGUCUAAUGCAGAUGCAUUAGUCUAAUUGCAGUUUUUCCAAUGUGUACAAAAACAAUGCUCCUAAAAUCCAUAGUUCUUUAAAAUUGCCCAUAUUUUGUUAAAAGAGUUGGCUUUGUGGAAUUACAUUGAAACAUACAACCAAGAAAGGGAAAAUACUGCAGGUUUUAUGACCCCCUUCUUCUCUUGUCACAGUAUUUUAAAGCUGUGUACCCCAGGAUGAAAAAAGCUCCAUGGAUAACAUACACAUUUAAUUAAUGGCUGCUCUAUAUCUUAUGUCCUGCAUUGUGUCACCAACUCUGUUUUACAUAUAGUUCAUCAUUCUUGUUUGCCUGCAGACUCUGGCAGUGCCUUGUAAUAUUUAGAAUCUUUUCAGGUUUUUGCUGGAAAGAAAAGUAAUCUUCUAAAGGUUAAAGGUGGUGAAUAACAUACUGCUGUCUCCAUGCUGACUGCAGUGGCCAGGUUAACACAUGUGCUAUGUAUACCUUAUGUAUAUGUAACAUAUGUGUAAAUUUUAAAAUACAGAAGAAAAUGGGUUUGUGCAGAAGUGAAGAAAACAAUGUUAUUCACAUUGCUGUGGGGUUUUAGUUGAAUUAUUUUCUCCCAUACUUACAUGUUUGAUUCAAAUUAUAGUCACUUUGACUAUAAAUUGACUAGUUUUCUAUCUAGGGGUUUUGCAUUAUUUCAUAAUUUUGAUAAAUCAUAUAAUAGUGCUGUUUUCAUCCUUGCCUGAGGUACGCUUCCUCCCAGAACUAAUUAACUCUUAACAUGAAGCUCAGAAGCUCCCUUCUUACUUAACCAAGAGCCUACUAUAUAUAUAUAUAAAAGGGCCUUCUACCUGUUUUCAAAAAACACACAAACCUGUCCUUUUCAUUUUCCUUCUUGUAGAACAGAUAAAGGUUGUACGUAACCAUCGUGCUUGUAAAGUUUAUUUGGGACAUAGUCUAUGUCCAGCCACCAUGUUUACUUCUCAAAGUGCAAGUCUGAUGAAUAGUACUGUAUCUCCAUAUGUGGCAAUGUGAGCAUCUCAUCAUGAUGUACCUGCUGCUAUGUCUGUGAAGUUGGGUGUUAACAUCAUACGACUAUGAAACCAGUAUUGGUGUAAAUCUAAUGAAAAUAACCCUGUGUAUAUUUGUAGCAGUCUUGAAUCUCUAUUUAAGGUAAUUUGCUGUAAUAUAACAAAUAUCCAUUCUGUUUUUCAUCUCUUCCUUGCCAGUUUUCUAGCCAGCAUGAAUUCCAAUGGUUUGACAGCAAAAUUAUCUGUGAAAGUUUAAAAGGCACUUUUCCGCUGUGAUUUUUGGAUUGAGUGUAGAGUGUUAUGUACACUGAUGGGAUAUAUCAUUUUAGAACCCCAGAUUUAAUUCCAGUCCAAUUACUUUUUUUUAAUCUACCUCGUUUUCAGUGCUAUUUUGGGUGCACAAGUAAACACUGCCUGUGAAACUUGCUUUUUUGCCUUGAUUCUCAGUAUUCUUUCAGAUUAUACAUCUGGCCUGCCUCUUUGUCCCAGCACAAACUAUGAGUUUGGAGAAGAAAGGAACCAUCAACUCUGCCACCAGUCUGUGUUUAAAUGACAAGAGCCCUGUGCCUAUGUGAAAUAAGCUUUGGGAUUUGAGGAUAGAGAACAGAGAAAUAAAUCUAACUGGUGGCAAUAUAAGAGUUAAUUGUAGGAGUCGGUUGUAAAAUUGACAGAUGGUGAGAAAGUACCUAAAUUAGCCCAGUGCCUGUAACUUUGCAUUCUUUAUUAGAGACGCAUUUCUUGUCUGUGUGCCUAAAGGGCUAUGGGUUGAAAUUGCUUUAACUACCACAGUGAAGUAUUUUACAAAUCCUACAACAAUGGCUUGUCAUUCAACAUAUUAGCAUACUGCUAAGUAUUUGCAUUGAUAAUUUUGUUACCUUACAAUGUCUGAAUGCAUUUAAGUUGAACUGCGGUUGAUGGUAAGGGUGUUUUAUAUAACAAUGUAUCUAGUCUCUAAAGUUAAUGGAGACAUUAUCUUUCUUUGCUGUCUCUUCUGAGUCAUGGAAAUGAUGCAUUCCUUUUCCUCCUGAACAAUCAGCGAAUGUUUGUAACCAGAUGUUCCUUGUUUCACAUGUUUACUGUACAACAAAAACUGCAGCAUAUGGAAUAUUAUUAAAUACUGUAUUUUGGUCAUCAGGCCUAAUUACAAUCCUGAGGUAUAUUUGCCAUCAGUUAAUUCAUCUUCUGUUCAGUUCAGAAAAACUUGAUCUAUUUCAGAUGGUGUACAGGCCAUUGUCUAGAUUAUUUUUUAAUCUGUAGUUUACUGGGGACUUGUUUUCCCCCCUUUUGUUUAGAAGAUGAACCAGAAAAGGUGUGUGUGUGUGUGUGUGUGUGUGUGUGUGUCAAAAGGCCUUUGAUUUGGUAAAUGUAAUUCUAGGCUUGACAAACUUUUUAAAUUAACCAAUUGAGAUUGUGAACUGAUGACACUCAAGCUUGUUAAAAUUCUUUGAAGUGAGAUUAGGAUGAAAUUUGUCAUGGAGCCAAAUGUUUUCAGGUCAUCCAGGAAAUAGGCUUUGUAUGUGAAGGAUGAACACAAGCACUGGUCAGGGACCUUGACAGUUAACCUAUGCAGGGACCUGGACAGUAGCUAGGUUACACUAAAGUUAUUUUCAGGUUAGAUAGCUGGCAGAGUGUACAAACCAAUAGCUGCCAUUCUGGAAGGUUUCAAUUAAAAAAGAACAACAACAACAACAACAAAGGAACCUCUAACCAAAAGGCUAAAAGUCAAGCAAGAAGGGAAGAGAGAAACUGGGCUCUGAGAAAAAAAAAAAAGAAAGUGCCAGUGUAAAAUAAACUCCUAAAUGCGUGCUUAUCUUCCUUCUAGUUUGCCUUUUUUGGGGGAGCAGGGGUGGGAAAUUGCAUUUCUUUUUUGUUUGUAACUUCAGAUUUGAGAUUAGAUUUGUGGUCCGGAACAUACCCUCAGCAGAUACAAUGACGAAUCGGAAAGUGCAGUUGUUCAAGGUCUGUCAUGCUCAAUCACUUACAGCUGUAAUUUGUUUGAUAUGAACAUUAAGCAUGUAGACCUAGCGCCGCAUGGGAGCCACUCAGGAAGUUUAUGCAGUUAAUAAACUUUCAUGCAUAAUUUACUAUGAAGUAUGCAGAAUUGCAGCCACUUCUCUACUCUUAACAUUUAGUUGUAUAUGUGAACUCUCCUUUCUUACUUGGGGAAUGUAGCAUUAUAUAGAAUGUUGUUAACCUUCAUUUUAAUCAUUUCUGACAUUAACUUUGGGUUCUUUUUGUUGUUGUUGUUGUGUUUGUUUUUUGGUUUUUGGCUUUUUUGGCGGGGGUAAACCAAGUGAUCUGCCUUUCAGCAAUUGUUUUAUCUUGGUUCUUUGAAACUGUGAUUUUUAUUUCAUUUGUAACCCAGCCAUUGUAUUUUGUUUUGUUUCCUGGAAAUUUUGUUUUCAAACAGAAAAUAAAGGCUGUGUUAAAUGAGUAUGCUAUCUUAUUAAAAUGCUGUUGUAGUCACUGCAA